AUUAAGUAUAAAUAAAGUUUCGAAAUUUGUGCACCAUUAGUCCACUUUAUAUUUGUUAGGCGGAUUUAAAAAGUUAAAAACAAAUAUUAAAAACAUGAAGUUCCUUUUUGGGUUAGGAUUCUUAAUUUUGGCUGUUUGCAAUAUACAGGCCGAAAUAAGCAAGGAUGAAGCUAUGGCUAUUGCAACGAGCUGUAAAGAAGAAACUGGAUCUUCUGAUGCCGACUUUGAGUCCGUAGUUAAACAUCAAGCGGCCCCGAGCGAAGAAGCCAAAUGUAUGUUGGCUUGUGUUUUAAAAAAAUACGGUGUGAUGGGAGAUAAUGGUAAAUUGAUUAAAGAAGCCGCUAUAGAAAUUUCCGAAUCUCUUAUUACGGGUGAUGAUGAUAAAGCACAUGUGGCUGAUAUAAUCGAAUCCUGUGAUGCUUUGGAUGUCAGUGAUGAGCACUGUGAAGCUGCUCAUGAAUACGGCGAAUGCUGGAGAAAUGAAGUUAAAACUAAAGGCAUUUCUCCCGAUCAUUUAGUUUAGUUCUGGAAAUUCCGGUAAUUGAUAAACUCGGCAGUUUAACUUGACUUCGGCUUUUGUCUAAUGAAUAUUUCUUUUGAAAUUCAAUAACUCUUGGGGAACUUUAGUGUCAACAAUUUAUUUCUAUUAUAUUAUUAAAAUUUUAUUAUUUUAUUGUGAGCAUAUGAAAAAAAUCGAAAUAAAAAAUAAUUUUUAUUUAC